AUGAUUGCCGAUACGACAAAGCUCCGCCAAUGUCUUAAGUACUUGCAAUGGCAAAAGGCCUUCAGGAUGCCGAAAGAACCAUUAACGAACUUCGAAGAGGCUCUUCCUCCAUCUCCGAAGCUCCUGAACCCUCUUCACCUGUUGACAGCAAUCCUGUUCGAAUCCCUCGUGGAGGACCAUCCAUGGCCCACUAUCACAUCCUCUGGCCAGAACCUCGGGGAACAUGAUACGGUGCUCAGCACGGAGCCAGUGCAGACCCAUCUUACGAUAUCAAUCCCACCUGAGGACCGGAUUGCGACUGACCUAAGCGUCGACGAACAUGGCACGAUAUGUUAUUACGGGCCGUGCACAAUCCGCCAGAGUGGCCACACCGACGUCUUUAUCGUCGACUUGCGACAAUUUCUCAUCGAUGAUGAGCGCCCGAACUUUUUUAUCUUCUUACUCAAAAGAGUCAUCGAUCUGGGAAACAUAUGCGCUGGGCAACAUCGCCGGCGAGACUGGUAUUCCCCGGCCGACACUAGCGAAGCUCUUGCAGAUUCACUGGACCUGGGUAUCUCCAAUGUUUAUGUGGGUUUAUCGUCCAGCUUUCAUGCGUAA